CUUUUAACAUACACUACCAUUAUCAUCUGUCUUCAGGCCAGCGAACGUAGAUGUGAAGAACUGGUUAUGCAAGUUCCCGAAUCUACGAGGCCUCUUUUGAGGCAGAUUGAGGCAAUGCAGGAAGCAACUGCUAGAAAAGCAGACGCUUGGGAUGAAGCGGAGAGAUCACUAAAUCUGCAGCUUCAGGAUGCAGAGGCCAAAGCUGCAGCUGCAGAGGAAAAAGAGCGUUCCGUUAACGAACAUUUAUCCAAAACAUUAUCUCGAAUUAAUGUUCUUGAAGCUCAGAUAUCAUGUUUGAAAACCGAGCAAACGCAACUAAGUAAGUCUCUUGAGAAGGAAAGACAACGAGCAUCGGAGAGUAGGCAGGAUUACCUGGCGUUAAAAGAAGAAGCUGAUACUCUUAAAGGUCACGUGCACCAACUCGAAGAAGAAAUGAAGAAACUCAAAAGGAAACAUAAGCUAGAGAUGCAAGAAACUUUGACACAACACAAUCUUCUUCAGCAGGAUAUAGAACGUGAAAAAGCAGCACGAAUAGAACUAGAAAAGACAUCUCGACAUCAGGUUUCUACGGUUCCUGGACAUAGUCCUAUAGCCAAAACCAAGUUUGUCUCUGCGAACGGUGAGAGCUUGACCCGCAGACUUAGUGCUCGCAGUUUAAGUAGCAUGGAAGAGAGUUUCUUUCCGCGGGCCAUUGUAGACUCGUAUCAUACUUUCUCUGAAAGAAGCCACAGGGAGCCUACGAUAAGCCCGUUUUAUCUAAAGAGCAUGACGCCAGAUGCUUUUCAAGCAGCUCUACGUCAAAAGGAGGGUGAAGUUGCAUCUUACAUGUCUAGAUUAGCGUCCAUGGAAACAAUUCGUGACUCUCUAUCUGAGGAGUUGGUUAAAAUGACUAAAGAGUGUAAAAAAUUGCGGUCAGAAGCGGCUUUAUUACCUGGCAUUAAAGCAGAGUUAGAAGCACUAAGAUUCAGACACACUGCUGCGCUAGAGUUGAUGGGUGAACGAGACGAAGAGCUUGAAGAACUUCGUGCAGAUAUUGCAGACUUGAAAGAAAUGUACCGCGAACAAGUAAACAUGCUUGUAGAUAAGAUCCAGAAGGGUUCAUCAAUAAAGUUCCCUCAGUAGGUCACUAAUCGAGAUGGUUUCUUCUAACCGAAGAUCGUAUUCAUAGUACAGAACUUGAACAUCGAAUCGCCCUAUAAUGUAUGUUUGUGUAGUAAAAUUUAACUAUGGGCAGUCCGCAGUCGAGUAUAGUUGACUUCGACUUGGUGAUGGUUAGGCUAAGCUUGAACUUGGUUUGAUAGACAUGAGUCUUGAUAAAGUAGACUCGAGCUCUGGCUUGAUAAAUAUAUGUACAUAUAUUGGUCUUGGAACUUUUGGUAAAUCCGAGUCGAGUUAUUGUAGGUAUUAUGUGUUUCCAAUCUCAAAUUUGUAUAUAGAAUUGAUUGAGUCUGAAUUAUCCGUUGAAAGUUCAUUUAUUUGUAAUCCUAACAUUCGAUAAAUAUACUACAAAAGCGUCUUUUAAUGAUGGCUUU